UACCGAAACAGAUAUCAGAAUUUAAAAUAAUGCUGAAGGAGACGGACGUGUUGCGAAUAUAAAAAAGAAUCUAUUCACAUUUUUAUAAGCAUUUGUAUAUGCACAGAAAUUGUUAUUAUAUCGAGAAGCUUCUGAAUUGAAAUGAAUAAAUUUUUACUUUUCGUGCUGUUUAUUACAGCAUCGUUCUGCGAAAAUCAAAACGAAAUAUUAAUUGCCGAUGACUAUAAAUGCUCUCUGCCUGAUGUCACGAGUGUGGAUGUUGACCUUGAUAUUCAUCGAUUUCGUUCAGAUUUUGCUAAAGUUUCGGAGGUGAAAUUUCCCGGCCUUAUCGGGCCAUUGAAUGAAAGACUCAUUUGCAAGAUCAAGUGUGUCGAUGGUAACUGGGUGGGGCCGCUAUGUUCUGCCACUCAAAAUGGCAGAUUUCGGCCAAUCCUGCGGGAAUGUCCGAUGAGGCAAAACCCCAAUCUGACAAUCACGUAUGAAAAAAAAAUUGUGAAUUAUUCGGCGUUUGCGCACGGCUCGGAGGUGCGAGUUCGAUGCAAAGAAUUUGGCCUUUACAAGUUUUCCGGUGUUAACGUGCUGCGCUGCAACAAUGGUGCUUGGUCGAGCAAAAUACCAACUUGUAUCCCGACCGCCACACUAACCAAUACAGGUGACGCCCCGCCAACAUUAAAGUACACUGUGGGAGCAGGAUCGGCUCUUGUUGAUUCCAAAGGCGAACUACUGAUCUACCCCGGCAGCAGCGUCUGGAUCGACUGCUUGUGGCCCCGCGACGCUACGCAGAAGCCUGAAUGGAACUGGAGUAACUCUGCAAAGAACCAUGUCGGCUGGUCGACGCUGGAAGGAGAGUCGAACUACCGUGUGUCGCUCACGCGCGUCACCCUACGCCAUAACGGCAGUUACACGUGCACUACCCCCUCCGGGAGCACGCACACGGCCUACGUUAAAGUUGUUAGCAUAGUAUGUCCCUCCCGCAACUCUUCUUCCCACAGAAUGCUCCAAUUCUCGCAUACUGGGUCGCGGCUCGGAAACACCGUCCACUUCAGCUGCAGCCAAGGUUACCGCCUUCACGGUGCCUCCGCUGUCAGCUGUAUGGAAGACGGGAGGUGGUCGUCCGAAGCACCCACUUGCGAGCCGAUUAUCUGCCCAGAGUUGCGGGACCCGGGUCCUCACGCCGCCCUCCAAGAGUACAACACCUCUGUCGGAGGGCGAGCUGUUUUCUCGUGCGCAUGGGGCUACCGACUCGUUGGGCGACCUGGCCUGGAAUGUGAAUCCGAUGGACGAUGGUCUGAUGCAGCCCCAGUGUGUGUGCCCAUAUAUUGUCCUAGUCCUCCGCACUUGUUGGACGGAGGCCGAUUGUCAGCUGUUGACGCCUCCAAAAAUAGAAGACAUCAAGUCGGCGACCUCCUGGUGUAUGAUUGCAGCUCAGGAUAUCAAAUCGUCGGCGAAAGCUCAAUCGUCUGCACCGAGUCUGGGUUUUGGUCUCACCCCCCACCAUUCUGCAUGCAGCCGUCGGAUGUGGUUCGAGCGGAUACUAUUUUUUAUGACAACACGACGUUUGUCAACUUUAAUGAAUAGUUUAAAGUAAACGAUGUCCAAAGGCAGCCCCGUGUGCGUUGAUCUGAGGUAAACUGCUUCACAUUCCUACCAAACCCUCUUUAAGAUAUUUCUGACGAGACGGCAAGAGUGCGGGCCUCUUACUCCGGCCGGCCCGGUCCGGCCUUAUACCGACGAAGUAAAGCGGAUAUUACGAACAUUUCUAUACAUGAGCAUAAACAAAUACUUCCACUACACUCUUGUAACUGAGGAGAUUUUGUUGAAAAUGUGAAGCAGGCUGCUUUAUAUCAUACACAACGUAUUAUAUCGUAUAUGUAUCCUUCCCACUGCAUUUAUUUCCUUCAUGUUAUAAAUUUUUGUAUGGUCUUGUUCUUUAAUUUAUACUUUGAAUCUACUUAGGUAGGUGUACACACCUUACCGUAUAGUUUUACAGAUGUGUGGUCCUUCAGUAACAUCUGUUUAUUUUACAGUUUUUUACCACAGUCACAACAAUAUAAGUAUAAACGUUUCAUUUUGAUCUUUAACAUCGUUCUAGCACAUACGAUUAUGACCUGGAACGAUAUUAAAGAUCCAAUUAUAUGCGGUACUGUACGGUCUUCCCCAGAAAUUAAUAAUAAUCAAUCUAUCCAAAAUCUUCAGAUCAGGGCGCUAAGAAUAUGUUACAACUGUGUAAAAAAAAAUCAAUAGAUACGCGUUAGUGCCAGCAAAUAUGAUUUAUGUGUCUCCCGGACUGACUUUUUUAUUUGAGGAUUGCUUUGAUUUAAAAUAAAUUUAACAUCAGUACUAAAAAACAUUUAUUACUAACUAAAUAGAGGUUUGAGACUGUUUCUUCUGGACUGAGUUUAGUUUGAGAAUUUUUUAUAACUAAAAACAAUUUACAGUCUUUUGCUAUGAAACCUUAACUAUUGGGCCAAGAGCCUCUUUGUUUUGAAAAGUUUAUAAUAAAGUGUUAUGGUUGUUACUAACAUUUUUUAGAAUUACAUAUUAGAAAUUGCGGAACCGACGGGAUUUGAAGUGGAAACUUGCAAUCUCUGUCCAUGUCGAUACCUAUCAACAAAUUUGCCUAACCAUCGUUGCCGUCAGUGCCGCUUUUGAUAAGUUUACUUUUUUACCAUAAUAUUGCGUAGUUCAUUUCACUCAAUUGACCUCCUGUGCAACAAAUACCUUAUUCCGAAGGAAAAAGUGUUCCUUCAACGUCUUCCCUUUCCGAUUACUCGAUCAAUUUAUCUCUCUCUACCUCUUUGUUGAGGCUCCUCGCACAAAUCUUUCAUUUUAACGAUUCGGAAAGGAAGUUAUUGUCACCGACACAGAAGGUCGCGGUAGUGAAAUGCGCUGCUCAAAAUUAUGACUUUAUAUUAUCGAUUCUUGUCAAUUUCUUGUUAAUAUUUUAAGCCGUUUACUAAAAGUCUUAUGAAAACAUUAAGAAAUAUUUACAUUUUACGAUAACCGUCACUUCUAGAUAUUUUAAAUUACAUAAGUAUAUAAUCUAUUUACAAUAUUUGUAGUGUCUCGACGGAAGUAGGGUAUAUUCCAAUAAAAUUUAUUAUAUUCUAAUAAUAAAAUUAUAUUCCAAUAUUAUAAGCUUAUACUUAGUAAUAAAAUAAGCUUUCUAAAGGCGGCUCUCUCAGUUUGGCUCUAUUCUGAUAAUAAAAAUCAGUUUCUAUGCGUUAAAUGUUACAAAUAAUAUUAUAUUAGAUGUUUAACAUAAAUUUAUCUGUUAAGAUAUCUACAUCUGUUGCUUAAUUUAUAUUUGAAAACUUUAUCAGUGUUGAUUAUGGUUAGGAUUAUAACAUUUAGUUUUCCUGGAAUACAAAGUAGCCGAUGUUACACUCUGUCCUUGCAACUGUGCCACUAAUCAAGUUGAUUUGUUGAAGUCAGGGCGUAAGAGAAGUACAAAGUAACAAGUUUGUAUUAAAGUGUUAUAAUAUUUUAAUAUUAUCGCCGAACUGACAGGAUGUGAGGUGAGAGAACUUGCAGUACCAGGAUGUGAAUAUGGUCCGAGUACUUGAUCGAUUCGACCGCGAUUCGCAUAACCCUCGUUGACGUCAGUGCCGCCUUAGAUAAAUUACUUUUUUAUCAUAGUACUGUUUAGUUCAUUUCACUUAACUGGCCUCCUGCAAAAUAAGGAAAAAUCUUUCAAGUCGCGGUUCGAGAAAGUAGCUAUUACCACCGACGCAGAAGGUCGCGGUAGUGAAAUGUACUGCUAACGAUUUUGACUAUAUAUUAUCGAUUCUUGUCAAUUUCUUGUUAAUAUUUUAAGCCGUUUAAUAAAAGUCU